CCCUUACUUUCUCUCUCUAAAAACCGCCUACAAGAGCUGCUUAAAUUAGCAAAGAGUUAAAGGUGGUAUAUAGGGUAUGUGAUGCCUUUUCCUUUAUCUCACUGGCUUCAGUUAAAGUAGAGGGAAUUCUGGUGUUUUCCAUGGUUAAAGCAGAACAUCAGAUCCAUCUCUAUCAGUAUUUUGACUCUAGCAGAUGGAUGUUGAUUGAUAUCGAAGUUCCAACCGUAGAGGGUAAAUUGGGGCAUGUGAUUUUGAUUAAUUUUGUUGAAGAAGAGUUUCAACUGAGUUAAUAAAAAGGAGGAGGCAUCGCGGUACGUUCCAAGUGUUAGCCAUGAAUAAGAAUCAGUUGGGUGGUUCUAUCAGUAGUUCUGAUCUUAUUGAUGCAAAGCUUGAAGAGCAUCAGUUGUGUGGAUCCAAACAGUGCCCCGGUUGCGGACACAAGCUUGAAGGAAAGCCGGAUUGGGUAGGUCUACCAGCGGGAGUGAAAUUUGAUCCAACAGACCAAGAAUUGAUAGAACAUCUUGAAGCAAAGGUUGAAGCUAAAGACUCAAAAUCUCACCCUUUGAUAGAUGAAUUCAUCCCUACCAUUGAAGGAGAAGAUGGGAUUUGUUAUACUCAUCCUGAAAGACUUCCAGGAGUCACAAGAGAUGGCUUGAGUAGGCAUUUCUUUCACAGACCUUCAAAGGCCUACACAACCGGUACACGAAAGAGACGGAAAAUCCAAACCGAAUGUGACCUACAAGGCGGAGAAACACGGUGGCACAAAACCGGGAAGACGAGGCCGGUCAUGGUAAAUGGAAAGCAAAAAGGGUGCAAGAAAAUUCUAGUCCUCUACACAAAUUUCGGUAAGAAUAGAAAACCCGAGAAAACCAAUUGGGUUAUGCAUCAAUACCACUUAGGUCAAUAUGAGGAAGAGAAAGAAGGAGAACUUGUGGUUUCAAAGAUAUUCUAUCAGACUCAGCCGAGGCAAUGUAAUUGGUCGGAGAGGAGUACUGGAACCACCGCCACCACCACUGGAGAAGGAAACAGCGAGCCCAUUAGCAGAAGAGAUAGCGGUGGCAGUGGGAGUUGCUCUUCCAAGGAGGUAAUUAAUCAGAGAGAUGAACUGUCUGCUGCAGCUGGUGUUGGAGCUGCAAUGUCAAGUUAUAGUGCCAUGGACAUUCAACAAUUGAAAGCUGACCAAUUUAGCUUUGCCCCAUUUAGGAAAAGCUUUGAUGAGGUUGGAGUGAGUGAGGCUUCAACUGUAAGGGAGGCACAGGCAUCAGUCACGUGCGAGGAGCGUGACUUCCACGAGCACCAAAGGGCUCAUCACGUGACCCAUGAACAACAUCAACAUCAACAUCAACAUCAACAUCAACAACAACAACAUCAGAUGGCCACAACAGCAUUCCACAUUAGCAGGCCUUCACACUCAAUAUCUACCAUCAUCUCUCCACCUCCACUCCAUCACACCUCCAUUAUUCUUGAUGAGGUCUCCAGAUUAAUGCUCCAAAAUGAAAAUUUCCAGCAACAACAGCAGCAGCAGCAACAACAUCAUAAAAUGGGAGGGAGGUCUGCUUCAGGAUUGGAGGAACUCAUAAUGGGUUGCACAUCCACUGAUAUGAAAGAACAGGAGUCAUCCAUAACAAAUCCACAAGAAUCAGAUUGGUUGAAGUACUCCAACUUCUGGCCUGAUCCUGACAACCCAGAUCAUCAUGGGUAGUAGCAAGAAAAGAAAAUCAGAGAAAAUAAACAAAAACCUAUAGAAACUAUCUAUGGUCUGCUCCUUUUUUUUUUCUCUCUCUUUUCUUGUGGGAGGGUCGAAAACUUAAGGUCUGUUGGCUCAACUGAACUAACUGUACAAACAACCGAUGUUGGAAAAGAAAGAAAGAAGAAUAUCAAAAGGAAAAAGAAAGAGCUACAAAGAAAAGAAAAGUGACCAAGAAAGGCUGCUCUCUACUGACAAUAGAAGGGGAAACCAAAGACCCAAAGCAAAUCCCAUAUCCUGCAUGAAAAUCAUCACCAUUAUGAUUACAAUAUCAUCUUUUAUGCCCUAUUCUUAAUAUUUGUUUAUUAUAGUUGUUUGUAUAAUUUCUUUUAUUGUUUUUUUUUUUUACAAGACAAACACGUUAGGGUUUGUGCAAAUUGCAUGCAAAAGAAACUUUGCUAAAUGUGUCAUGGACAGUCACUUUUCGAAUAGAAUAUGUAUUGUAUAGAAUGAAUUCCCUUUAUAGAAAUGAAAAUGUGUUAAAGAAA